GUGGUGCAGUCAGUCUGUGAGAUUCGUUCAGAGCUUCAGUCACAAUGUCUCUGUGUUUCUUGAUUCCCAUCAGUCUGCCUGUCUUCACACUGCCUGCUAUCGGGAUCAUAUAUGUGAUGGCUCUGAAGAAUCAACACGUGUGUCCGGUCCAUAACUGGGUUUAUAACUCAACAUGUCAGAGUCCUUUAACCCUUCAGAGCACUUCUGACCUGUGCUGCACACUCGACAACAUCCCACUCAUCAGUAAAUGCGGUGGUGUUCCUCCAGAGAGCUGCUGGUUCAGUCUGCUCUGUACGGCUUCAUCAUUUAUGGUGAUUGUGAUUGGUGUGCUGCGGUACGCACAGGUGAUUCAUAAGCACAGGAACAGUGUGUUGAAUAUGGAGGGUCUUUGUGCUGGAUGGCUCUUUGCUGCUGGACUAAUGAUCGUAGGAAACUUCCAGGUGGAUCAUGCUAAAGUUGUUCAUUAUGUGGGAGCAGCUCUGUGUUUUCCAGCCAGUCUGCUGUUUGUGUGUGUGCAGACGCUGCUGUCGUACCGCACGGCCGAGACACACAGAGACAUGAACACGGCUCAUGUGAGACUACUGCUCACCACACUGGCCUUGACCUCGCUCAUCCUCAGUGGUGUGUUUUUUAUUCAGGAGAGUUUUGUUCUUCAGCAUGGAGCUGCAGUGUUGGAGUGGUUGUUUGCCAUCAUCGUGCUGCUGUUUUACGGCUCGUUCUCACAUGAGUUCAGCUGUAUGUCUGCAGAAACUCUUGUGUCUGUGGUGAGAAAACUCGGAUCCUCUGAGGAACGCCAGAGAACUUUGGAAAAAUGACAGCCAAACAUUUGACGAGUUCUAUUUGGGAAAAGAGUUUUGUAAACCAGAAGUAGAUACAAGUGCAUGUGAUGUUUUCAGGAAAAUGCUUUUUUACACUACAUUGUUUCAAUGUACUCUUUUGGCAGCUGUAACAUUCCAUUUCUCUUUUAUUUCAUGUAUUUAUACUUAAGUAAGUGUCUGAUGAGUCAGUGUUUCAUCUGAUUUUUGUUGUGU